AUGACAGAACCUCUGACGUUAUCACCAUCAACAUCUUCUACACCAAAUGAUUAUCAAGCAGCCAAAAUGAUUUCAGGUGAUAGCUCAGAUGAACCAGAUACGAUGCUCAAAUUUUCAACGAGGGAACAUUUGACGGUACCAGUAUCAUCAUCAACAUCUUCUGCACCGACACAUCAUCAAGCAGCCGAAAUAAUUGUGAUAUCAUCUGGCGAAGAUGAUGAGAUUACCAUUGUGCCUAAUGCAGCACCAGAACCCAGAACAAUGAAACAGGAGAAGGUACUAACAAUUAAAAAUAAUUAAAAACUGUUUUGCUAAAAGGAAAAAUUGAAAAAGCGAGAGGAACAAAAAUAUACAAUAAAAAUCUUGUUUAUAGAUAUAUAUGUUACGUAACAUUAUUGUAUGGCUUGGCAGAAUCCUGGAUUUAUAUUAGUUGACGUACGGUCCGUAAAAACCGCAUUUGGGUCGUAGUCCAUAUUCCGUUUCCGGACCGGAUUUUUCCGAAAAUUUUAUAGCCAGAAUUUUGACAAAAUUAAGUUUAAAAAUUCAUAAGGUUAUAUAAUAAAACUUUUCAUAUAAAAAAUAAAGUUUUGUCAGUUUUCGUCGAUUAAACUUGGUCGUAUUGUUAUUAACGAAACCACGAUCGAAAUCAUUUAAAUACAAAAUGCCACUGCUGUAUACAGUUUAUUGACCUGACGUGUUCAGUAUAUAACCCUAAAAAUAUUCACAUAUAUACAUAUAAAAUAUUUCCAUGUUUUUACCUUAAGGGCUCUGAUGAUGAGAAAGAUACACGACGUCAAGCAACAGUGUCAAAAAAAAGGUAUCAAAUUAAAAUACUUUUUUAGGUUCAAUUCCUACCAGAGGACCUUGUGCUGCAUUUUUCGCAGUCGUUCCUGGUCAGGUCUUAAAAUGUAUAUAAUAUUAUAUACUCACUUGGAUUACAAACCCUAAGAACAUCAUUCAAAUAUUAAUACCACCAAGUGAAGUGCAAGAAACCAGAUCACUGAAUUCCACCUUAUCACAACCCGCACACCCGAUCACCUAUAUAUACCUGAACUUACGGUUACAGUUCAACAGCUGGCCUCUGUAGCUCAGUUGGUUAGAGCGCUGCACCGGAAUCGCAAGGCCGUAGGUUCAAUUCCUACCAGAGGACCUUGAGCUGCAUUUUUCCCAAUCGUUCCUGGUCAGGUCUUAAAAUGUAUAUAUAUACUCACUUAGAUUACAAACCCUAAGAACAGCAUUCAAAUAUAAAUGCUAAAUCAUGAUGUACAAAGCUCGGUACUUAUCUCAUGAAUUGUUCAGUUUGUCAUGGGUUAGAAAUAACAAUUAGGGAAUUAAAUAGAAACUUAUGACAUACUGUAGUGCACCAUUAUUAAGUGAUAAUCUAUUCGUUUUAUAGAGUUUAUGAACCAUCUAUACAUAUUCCACGGACUCAAGCGACGAUGACCUACUUCCGCGCGCAAAGCAGAGUAAAUUUGGUCCCCAGUUCUGGGAUGACGUGAAAGUUGAAAGUGUUGAUAGCACGCCUAAUGAUAUCAACGGCAGAAAAGUGUAUGAAGUUAAAAGCUCAAGAUCUGCUAAAUUGUCAGCAGUUCGUGAUGGACGUAAUUGGAAAAAAGACUCAGGAACACAGGGUGUGGAAUUUCGAAAGUAAGAUACUCUGAUUGCGCUGGCUCGUACGAGUGCACCAACCCUGAUUGUGACUUGAAGCGUGAAUAUGGAGUGGUAAAUCGGACACAGUUUAACAAAAAUCACAUAUGUCGGGUGUGUCGUCGUCUAGGAAGGAAUGUGCCGUGUAUGGCUCGACGUUAUAUCGCUUUUUUACCAAAAUCAAUCCGUGUAUAUCACCGCAGUGAUCACACAUGUCCACCAAAACCAGUUGUACAGAAACCUGUACGUGAAAUAAAACGACAGUUAACCGAAAAUCCGCAGCUCACACCCUCAACAAUCCAAAGCAAUUUGAUUGUUUCACAAAUGAGGCAAGGUAUAAAAAUAGGAAUUAUAAUUAAUUAAUUAAUUAUUAUUAAUUCCUGAUAAUGACUCGACAAUAGUCGAAACUUUGAAUUAAAAGUUUCUGUAGGUUCUGCACUGUGAUUUGUUUUCAGUUGGUUCAAAAGUUUUACUGCGAGGACUUAAUUGUCGUCACAAAAAUUAUUACUAGUUAAUCACAAAAAUUAAUCGCUGAUAAUUUCUCUGUUUUGUCCAGGGAAAGACUGGAAUUCUGUCGAAGAGACUGCACGAAAUAUUAUGGAUAAAAAAUGGCUUUCUAACCAAAAGCAAAAGAUCAAGGAUUCAAAUCAACCGCACGGUCAUAAUUUUGAAGUGUAG